AUGAUGGAUGAUGGAGAUGAUGUGGAUGAUUGGGGUGAUGGGGGUGAAGGGGGUGAUGGAGAUGAUGGAGAUGAUGGCGGUGAUAGGGAUUAUGGGGACGAUGGGGAUGAUGGGGAUGAUGGGGAUGAUGGAUAUGAUGGGGGUGAUGGGGAUGAUAGGGAUGAUGGGGUUGAUGGGGAUAAAGAGGGUAAUGGGGGUGAUGUGGAUGAUGGGGAUUACGGAGAUGAUGGAGAUGAUGGAGAUGAUGGGGGUGAUGGGGAUGAAGGGGCUCAUGGAGAUGAUGGGGAUUAUGGAGAUGGUGGAGAUGAUGGGGAUGAAGGGGGUAAUGGGGGUGAUGGAGAUGAUGGGGAUGACGGGGGUGAUGGGGAUGAUGGGGAUGAUGGAGGAGAUGUGGAUGAUUGGGGUGAUGGGGAUGAUGGAGAUGAUGGAGAUGGGAUGAUAGGGGUGAUGGGGAUGAAGAGGGUGAUGGGGAUGAAGGGGGUGAUGGAGAUGAUGGAAAUGAUUGGUGUGAUGGGGAUGAUGGAGAUGAUGGGGAUGAAGGGGGUGAUGGGGAUGAUGGGUGUAAUGGGGAUGAUGGAGAUGAUGGAGAUGAUGGAUUUGAUGGGGAUGAUGGGGAUGAUGGGGGGUGAUGUGGAUGUUGGGGGUGAUGGGGAUAAAGGGGGGAUGAUGGAUGAUGGAUAUGAUGGGUGUGAUGGAGAUGAUGGGGAUGAGGGGGGUGAUGUGGAUGAUGGAGACGAUGGGGAUGAUGGGGAUGAUGGGAUGAUG